CUUUCGCAUUUGAGCCGUUGACGGUUACGUUGACAAGGUUUGCGCGUCGUUUACUAUAUAUAAUUCGAUCUGGUUCUAGUUGACUAGCUGCUAUUGUGCGUCGUAAAUUUAGAGAUACUCGCCUAUCAGAUUUUUGCUGUGAUAUGUUUAUUGUGACCAGAUAUUUACGCACGUCUACGACUAUUCAAAAUGAAUGAUUCUUUCUUGGAAGAAUUAGAAUUAAUACCAAAAGAAUCGAAGAAGACAUCGCAGAAGACACCUCAGCAACUAGAUCGUCAUAUAACCACCAGGCAUGCUACCUCAUCCCCGUUACUUCAUUUCUCAGAGCAAGACGAGAGAGAUAACGUUAUGCAACAGGAACAACAUUUUACGAUAAGAAUUCCAAAUACAUCUGAUAUAAAGAUCAUAGAUGGUAAAGAAUCUUCUUUGAAAACUUCCAAGAGACAAUCUGAUCAAAAUAUGAAGAAACAUUCUGCGAAUGUAAAAGCAUCAGAGAAGACGGAGAAGAUCACAGAUAUUAGAGGGAAACCUGUGGAUACGAAAACAAAAAUAGGCAAUAAUAAUCAGCAGAGUGUGAGUGGAGAACACAAAACAAAACUUCAAGAGACCAAGUAUUCUAAAGUGCCUGAGAUCAAAGAUCAUAAACGACGUUCGGGAUCGGUUAAAGAAACCACUUAUUCUACAAAUACUCUUUCCAAGGAGAAUAAACGGAAGACUUCUCUUGAUUCUUCUAAUAAUAAUUCCUCAGAUACUUCGAGUAAGGAAAACAGUCGGCCCUCGGAUUCUUCCAAAGAGGCUGGUCCUCACAAUCCGACAAAAGAAAAGGAAAAAUUGAUUGAUAAAUCGAGAAGAUCAGGUUUUAAGAUACAAGAUCAAGAUCCAGUUGUUUUACUUACUGCUAUCAAAGAACUGAUAAGCACAUAUACCAAGCAAGAGAGCACAAGGAUUCUACGCGCUAUGCAGGAGUUACAUAUAAAUUCCCAAGCUACUUUGAUAAAAAAUCUCCUGAAUCAAACGGAUGAUCUCAUCAAAGAAAUGCAUCCUAGUAAAGAUUCUGUCAGAAUGAGAGCAUUGAUUGAGGAGAACGAGUACUUGCAGCAGGAGUUGAUGGCUUUACGAAUGCGAAACGAGAAUUUACAGAAUAAAUUAGAAGAGCUUGAAUUUUUGAAACAAGAAAAUGCGACCUUGAAAUUGAAAUGCAAUGAAUUAGCUCAGACAUAAUAUUAAAUAAUUGCUUUAAAUAUUGGACCGCGAAAUAUUUUUUAUCUUUUGUGCAUAAAAUACUAAUUAAGACGUUCAUGAUGCACUUUAGUUACUUGACAUUUUAUAAAAUGCGUUAUACAUUGCAUUGAAAUAAUAAUUUUUUUGCCAUUAGAGAUUACUAAACAUUUACUAAACUAUUAAUAUUUGCAUUUAUUUUUAUACAAUGCCAGGAUAAUAUAGUAAUAAUCGACGCCAUUUAAAUAUUUAUACAUAUAUAGUAAAGUAAGUGUCCUGACUUAUUGUAAUUUAAUAUCAAUGACGUUUUAUAUAUCGUUAAAAUAAAUUAUUUUUUACUAAAAUGUUAAAUACUUACUGUUAAAUAAUAAUUCUUAGGUAAUGUGCACUACUUUAAGACUUUAUCCCAUAUUACAUUUUUUAUAACAUUUAAUAAAUGAGAUAUUGACUUAUAAAA